AUUAUAAGCAUUGUUAAAUUCAUUUUAUAUACUUUUUUUACGCAUAUAAUUAUUUACUAUUAGUUUCCAAUUCUUAGCUAUAAAUUAUUUUGUGGGAAAUAAUUGUUCUAAAUUCUUUUUCAUGACUAACUUUUCUAAUGUAUUUUAUUAAAAUCGGCAUAACCGGCAUGACACUGGUUGUUCUAUUGUCAGAUCAUUCCACUUGCAAAACCGAUGCAUCAGUAUAAACCGGUUUGACAACCUUGAUUUUGUAGAUGAACACUACGCACCUGGGGCUCUUUAGCUAUGGCCCUAGCGCUGCGAGAAAGAAGGAGAUAAGACGACAACAAUCAUGACCGCGAUAGCGGAAGGGAAACCUCGACCAAGAGACGGAACAGGAGAGUCAUAUACCCUUCACCUUUAGAAUGUUAUAUGGAUUAAUGGAUAGAUAUGAAUGACAAAUGCGAUUCAUUCUUUUGAAAAAGAUAACAACAACAUAGGAGAGAGGAAGUGGGGAGCCACCUAGUGGCUACCAACUGAUGCUCACCCAGAAUAGAAGUCGCCGAGUCCAACUCGUCGCGGUCAAGCUUCUACCGCCAGCCGCCGGCUGGAGUGCGCUGGAGCCUGGAUAGGACUGCUGGUCGCCACUACUGGAGGACGUAAGGAGGAGCUGAGGAGGCGAGCGUCGACUGCUGCUUACAACAGUUGCGGGCUUGCUGGUCGCCGCUGUCCAAGAGGACGAAAGGAGGUGCUGAGGUGGCGAGGUCCGGCGAGAAGCUACCGCCUAUGAGGAAAGGAGGACGAAGGUGGAAUCUUCGUUGGCUGCUUCCAUCUCGAUUAAUUAGGGGUUUAUUUUAGGAUUUUCCCCAUAGUUAUCCCCGUAGGAGAGCAGCAAGGAUACGACAAUAUACAAUUUGGCUACUAUCCUCGUAGCUAAAUUCGUGAGGACAUCCUCGUACAGCCAGGAUGUGGCCACAUCACACAAGCCGGGAAUGGAUAAUUGUCGAGAGACGAGCUUGGGUUAGAAGAGGAGCAACCGAAAGUAAGCCCGCCUCAGCAACUUCAGUUGAGGGGGGAAGUGGUUUUGGCAAGCAAACGAAAAUUGCCCUCUCUCCCCUCUCAUUUAAUGAAACUACCUACAAAAAACCAGCAACCGUCAUUUCUUUCUUUGGGACAUUUUCCUUGCCCUUUUUUCCCGCUUAUGUGCGCCAUUGAAGAGAAGAAGGAGAACAAAGAACAAUAUAUCUUCAGAUCUGGUUUGGGCUUCGCCGACAAAGGCACUCCUCAACUCAGAGUGAAGGGUAAGUGUUUGGAAGAUGGAUGAUAACAUGAUCAAAGCUUAUGAGGUCGAUCUUGGAACCCGGAAUGCUAAUGUCAUCGAUCUUCGAACUCAUAACUCAGAGACGGAUGACAUCAAUCUUGCUAAUACCAACCUCAAAGUUUAUGGUGAAGAUAUAUACUUUAGGUUUAUGGGGCUCGCAAGAGUGGAUGGAUGCUUUUGCAACAGUGGAAUGGAGUAUGUGAAGACAAGAACUCGACCUUGCUUGUUCACUUUACUUAUAUAUGUUUUGGUGUGUUGGUUGUUGUUGAGCAUUGAAUAAAUGUGGUUGUUUAGUUAAAUGUUGUAGGGUUAAGAUUAGGGUUGAUGGUUGGCAUUUAUUGUGCAUGUUGUCUUUUUUGUACGUGCAUGAAGAAAUGUUCGUGAAUAGAAGAAUUUUUUCAUGUGGAUGAAUAUAUGUUGGGUCGUGGGUGAAUAUAUAAGUUGGUUUGUGGAUGAAUAUGUGUUGGUUUCUGGGUGAAUAGUCGUUGGUGAAUACAAGUGGGUGUGUUGAUGAAUAUUGAUAUGUUUUAUGAUGAAUAUAUGUUCUUUAUUGGGUGAAAAUAAUUGGAGUUGUUCACAAAUAUAUGUUGGUUCGUGGGUGAAUAUCAAUUGUUUUGUGAUUGAAUAUAAGUUGGUUGUGGUGAAUAUUAGUUAGUUUGUGGGUAAAUAUUAGUUGGUUCGUGAGUGAACAUAUGUUGAUUGUGGGUGAAUAUUAGUUGGUUAGUGAGUGAGUAUAUGUUGGUCUCUGAUGAAGAUAUGUUGGUUGUGGAUGAAAAUAAGUUGGUUUGUGGGUGAAUACAACAAGUUGGUUUGUGGAUGAAUUGUUGUUCAGUUUCUAAAUGUGAACCUUUAAAUUGCAUAGUGCUAAAAGAUAAGGAUGCAAGGGGAACAUUGCAGUUUAAGACGGUGGAAGAGAGCUAUUACUUCUAUUGAAGCUAUGCUCAUGAAUGAGGUUUUAGUGUGCGCAUACAAUGUGAACAUACCAGGUAGAGAACUUUAAGGGUGAGCUAGAGGAAAAUUAUUGUUACAUUUACUAAAUGCAGUAAAGUAUGGUUUAUUCCACCAAAACUUAUGGUAAAACAACGGAGACGAAGAAACGUCAAUGCUCGGAGGAUAGUGUUGUUGUAUAAAAGUAGCCGAAAAGGAAAGACAUGAUAUAAGAGUGGGUUUCCAAGCUUGUGCUGACUUUUGGUGGGAUGAAGAUAAUGAUUCAUUUGUGGUCACUUAAUUCCAAGAAUUGCACAAUCAUGAUUUGCACUCUAACGACCACUCGCACUUUCUACGGUCUAACAAGUUCGUGAGUGAGGCACAAAGCCUAAUGGUUGAAGCAAACGCGCAUGAGAGGUGAGUUUGAGUUCUUCUCAUAAUCUCAUGGCAGUGUGUGUUGGUGGGUACGAAAAUCUUACUUUCUCUAGGACGGAUUAGAAGAAUCACCUUAACACGUUCGUGAGUGAGGCGCAAGGCCUAGUGGUUGAAGCAAACCUGGACGCAGGGGUGAGUUUGAGUUCUUCUCAUAAGCUCUUAGCAAUGUGUGUUGGUGGAUACAAAAAUUUACCUUCUCUAGUACUGAUAAGAAAAAUCACCUUAACAAGAGAAGCCAAAAGAAUAUGGCACGUAGUGAGUCUUUCGGAAUACUUCCAGGAUCAACUCACUAAGUAUCCUAAAUUUUAUUAUUCAUUGAAGGUAAAUUGUGAUGAACAACUACCCAAAAUUUUUUGGACAAAUACUACGAUGCGAGCUGAUUAGGCACUAUUUGGUGGCUCGAUCUCAUUCAACACAACAUAGGGAACCAACAAGAAAUAUUGUUCAUUGGGUAUGCGAUUAAAUAUGUUAUUCUUAUAAUUAAUGCAAUUUUUUUCUUCAUAUAAGAAAUAUCGCUCAUUGGAAACUUUUCAGUAUAAGUUUGGAAUAUUUUAGUAUUACUCUGGACUGUUUCAGUAUUAGUCUUGACAGUUCAUUCAGAAGCUUAUACCUAGUAUGAAUUGGCUGAAGUCUUUAUACUUGUGUUUUGUAGGGAUGUUUGUUGGUUUUAAUCAUCAUCGAAAAACUUGCAUCUUCUGGGCUUGUUUGUUUGGUGGUUCUUCGACGCUUUUAUUCGUUGCAUGGAUAAGAAACUCACAGCCCCAAUCUUCACUGAUCAAGAUCCAGCAAUGGCCAAAACUCUUCGGAAAGAGUGGUCUGGCGUCUUCCAUACAGUAUGUACGUGGCACAUCCUAAUGAAUGGGAAAAAGCACAUUAGUAAGGAUUAUAGGUUUUGGGAUAUGUUACAAUGCCAUCUCAUAUUCCUAUUCAAUGACGUUGACAGUGAGGCUGAAUUUGACAUUCCAUGAAAAACCAUGCUUGAUGAAUGCUUCCCCGAUUGUGACUUAGCGAAUGGCGAUCCGUGGUUGCAGUACCUACAAAAAUUUCGGAAAUAAUGUUUGUCUAUUGGCUUAGGAGUCAAUUCAUUGUAGGUAUUUUGACAACUCAGGCCAGCGAAUCAUGCAAUGCAUUAUUGCGACAUUUUUUUUGCAACCAAACCACAAUUUGGAUAAAUUCUUUACACACUUUAACAUAUAUGAAUACACAUUAAUGUUUGUAGAAUACAAGUUCGAAUAUGAGCCAACUACAACUGUCAUUGUCUAUAAUAGUGAUAUUACUCAUGUAUAUUUGUGAUUACAGCUUGCUAGCUGACAAAAGAUACAAAAAGAAGAUUUUUUACUAUGGAGCCAUUGAGAUCGUACCCAAUAUCUCAUUGCCAUACAACAAGAUCUCGAACCAAGCUGCCAAGGUUUUCACUCCUCGCAUGUUUGCAAGGUUACAACAACGGUAUGAACAAAUGGAAGAUUAUGAACUUGAACCACGCUCGAAUGCAAGAGACGAUGUUUGAUUGGGUACAACACAUUCUAUAUGGAAAAUGAUGUGUGUUGGGACGAAGGUGUUGUUCUUGUUGAUGUUGAGAGGACAAAACUAGAGUGUGGGUUAGGUUGUUCAACCUAGUUUUGACGCGAAAAUAAUGAACCUGAUCCGCCACAUCACUCAACCCGCCAUGUCAUCUUGUCGAACCCAACCCUUGAACCCAACCUGAUCCUGAACGAUCCCCCUCACUCCAAUCUCCCUUAACCCCGACUCUCUUGCCAAACAACCACCACCAAAUUGCAAACCCUAGAAUCAACCGACCAAGGGCUCUGAUCAUGUCAGCGACAAUUACGAUGGUCAUGCUCUUACCGCUCAAUCCUUCGUACUUCCCCAGCGGCCGACUGCACAACUUGCCAUUACCUUCUAUGUCUGCCUCAGGAAGGGGAGGGUAAGGGAAGGAAGUAGAGUUUAUAGAGUUUUUUGGUAGGUGGAUCGGUGGGAGUAUGAAGAAGGAGACGAUGGUCGUAGUGGUGGUUGGCGCGACAGAGAUUUGUAUAAAUGGUUCACGUAAAA